GCUGUGCUCUCUCGGGUUUAUGCCGUCUCCGGAUUUUCGUGCGACGUUCUCGUAGCGAUGGUUUAACGUGACAUCGUGCCCGACCCGCAUGUAUUUGCGUAAAGGAUUUCGCACGAGCUAGACUGUCGUCUCGUCUCUUCUCGUUCAAAUCGACGCGACGAUCGGCGCAUAAUUGUAUCUCGACGAGCAAUGGGCGGCGUAUGCUCGUCGCUGGGUAUAUGCGAGUCGGAGGACCAACAAAACGUCCAACAAACCGACAAUGCCGACGACGUCAAAAAGAGCAACAAUAUGGUUGAUGCGGCAGUUUUGGACAAACUGGAAACCGGCUAUGCCAAGCUGGCGGCGUCCGAUAGCAAAUCGCUAUUGAAGAAACAUCUGACGAAGGAGGUCUUUGAUCAACUCAAGACCAGGAAGACGUCGUUUGGCUCCACUCUUCUGGACGUUAUCCAAUCCGGUCUGGAGAAUCACGAUUCUGGUGUUGGUAUCUAUGCACCCGACGCUGAGGCAUACACCGUGUUCGCCGAAAUUUUCGACCCCAUUAUUGAUGAUUACCACGGUGGUUUCAAAAAAACCGACAAGCACCCACCCAAAGAUUUUGGCGAUGUCGACUGCUUCGGCAAUCUUGAUCCGGCUGGUGAAUACAUCGUGUCGACUCGCGUGCGAUGUGGUCGCUCCCUGGACGGAUAUCCCUUCAACCCGUGCUUGACCGAGGCUCAGUACAAAGAGAUGGAAGAAAAAGUUUCUAGCACGUUGUCGGGCCUCACCAGUGAACUUAAGGGCACUUUUUACCCGCUUACCGGCAUGAGCAAGGAUGUGCAGCAAAAACUAAUCGACGAUCACUUCCUCUUCAAGGAGGGUGACCGUUUCCUCCAGGCAGCGAAUGCCUGUCGUUUCUGGCCCACUGGACGUGGUAUAUUCCACAACGAUGAUAAGACCUUCCUGGUCUGGUGCAACGAAGAGGACCAUCUCCGUAUCAUCUCCAUGCAGAUGGGUGGUGAUCUUGGACAGGUCUACCGACGUCUGGUGACGGCGGUGAACGAGAUCGAGAAGCGGUUGCCGUUCUCGCACAACGAUCGCUUCGGUUUCCUGACGUUCUGCCCGACGAAUCUGGGCACGACGGUGCGUGCCUCGGUGCACAUCAAGGUGCCGAAGCUCGCGGCGAACAAGGCCAAACUCGAGGAGGUCGCGGCGAAGUACAAUCUGCAGGUGCGCGGCACGCGCGGAGAGCACACCGAAGCCGAGGGUGGCAUUUACGAUAUCUCCAACAAGCGCCGCCUCGGCCUCACCGAAUACCAGGCUGUGAAGGAGAUGAAUGACGGCAUCGCCGAACUCAUCAAGCUCGAGGCUAGCCUCUAAAUCCGGCCCCUUCCCUGGCACUUCCCCGACACUGUAUUCGUUUUCCCUCCGUCAUAGCCUCGUCGGACGCUAUACUGUAUUACGUGACGUCACGCUGGAAAUUAUGUCAACGGCGCGCAAAUUUUAUUCCGAGGAAAGAACUUGUCGAGUGAAUGAUUCUGAGAAUCGUCCGAGAUUCGUAGCCGGCGGCAUUAACAUUUCCAGCCACAUUUCCGCGUUUCUCGCGUCUUUAUGUUAAUAUCUAUAUCGAUAUUGUACAAUUAGCACUGUCUAGUACGAUGCAAACUGCUCUCGUGUUACCAUGCGUUAUUUUUUUUUAUUAUCCGCAGUCUGUAGAUUAAUAAAGAAAAAUCAACUUUACGUAAUAUUUAUUGUAUUAUUAAAAAUGAUUAAAAUUACAAAAUUAACCCGCCAGCCAAGAAAGAAAGAGAGGAGAAGAAGAAACAUUCUGCUGUUUCUUAAACAUUUACUAACAUGUACUUUCUAUUAUUAAUUUCUAUACUUAAUUUAAUUUAAUAAUUACUCUUUCUUUCUAUAUCUCUCUUUCUUAUCAAUUCGCAAAGACCCAUUGUUUGUUUUACUAAAGAAAAGUACGUUGAACUAAAAUCCAGAAGAUUCAAUAAAAAGAAAAAAAAUUAUAAAAUAGUUUGCAUCGUACUCUGCGCGUUGUAUUUGACAGUAUUUUUAGUUUUAUUCACAUGUUCCUUUCGUUUCUGUUUUAGUGCGUAAUUUUGAAAAAUUGAGAGAACCUUUCUUGGAUGUAGUGUAUUUGCAAAUUUUGUUUAACUUUCUUCUUUUGUCGCAAUUGCUUUUAUAUAUACAUAUAUAUUCGUUACCGAUGAUACAUAGUCACGCGCGUUCUCACACACACUUAGUAAUGCUCUAGUGCUAGUCCCUUGCGAUUCGUCGUGAUUGUCGUGAUUAAAACGAGAUAAGAAAAAAAAAUGAGGGAAGAAGUCGCUGUUUAAGGAAUAUUCAUUCAACGACGAUAUUUAAUUGUCCGUAUUACGAUCCGUAACGGAACCUGAAAGAGUCGAGAGUGCCGUUUGCCGGUACUUGGCGGUUUUCUAGUCUGGUGCUGCGAAUGGAGUGGAGCAACGUAUUCACGUUUUUUCAUUCUCUUUUUUACUACGUGAGUGAGUCAACAGGAAGAACAUCUGCGCGACGAAAAUAUUACACGCACUACGAAACACGCGAGCCAAACGCUGCGGCAUAUAGACAGUGUACUAUCAGCCGACUCGACAACCAAAUGUACGAAAUACAAGUAAUGAAACACGAAAAUAAAAAGACAUACACAU